AAGCUAUAAAAGCAUUUCUCUCACUGCGUGCUAUAGUGCUUCUGUUCUGAAGGAAGGGAUCACCUGCGGAAGACUGGGGGCGCAGCGUCGGCCACUUUUAGUGCAGCUCCACCACGUUCUGCAGGCUGGUGGACUGGUGGUGGUGGUGGUGCUGCCAUAAAAGUGUUGUUUUUGUUUUUGCCUUGCUUUGAGUUUCAAUAUCCCAAGGUCGGACCCAAAAUAGCCUAAAAAUUAUAAAAGGAACUUUGGAAAACAACCACUUGCUUGCGAUUUCUUCCGCUAUUUCCCCCUUCGCCAUAGGGAUUGCUCCCCUUUUAUAAUGAAGUCCUCCUGCAUGCGAUAUUCACUCGUCUUACUGCCAUUGACAUUAAGCGCAUUAACCCUCACCGUCUUGUUCGCAAGGACUCGACCACUUCCAUAUCCAACCAUGCCUAUUGAUAGUUCGUCACACGUUCAAAUCGACUUCAUUCCUGAUAAGCUCGAUAAGCCAGUCGACGACGACAACACAAAAUAUCUUGCUUACCUUCCACAUUCCGGCUUUGCCAACCAACGAACGGAGCUGGUGAAUGCCGUGACCCUGGCCAUUCACUUGAACCGAACGUUGCUUAUACCGCCUUUGUUCCUUGGUCACGUAGAAGGCUGGCAAGGGGAGGGCAAAUUAUGGGAUACUUUGGCAGAUCUAACUGACCCAGUUCGAAGGUUAGAGUGCAGUACAUCUCAGGACCAUGAUGACGAAAUGUGCCAACGAUACGACCGAUUUGCCAUGCUACGCUGGUCCUGGGCCUGUGAUUUGCCACUUUUGACUGAGAAACUCGGAGUUCAAUAUAUAGAGCGACGAGAUAUGUCAUUAACAGCCUUACAAGCGAGUCUUGGCAUAAAGGAAGAUGAAAUCUACAAGAUGACAGACCUUCAUCCUUAUGCCUGGGAUCUUCGUGGCCAAAAUCUUCCACUAAGCCAUAACCCAAGAUAUUUGGCUCACUAUUCUAUGGAUGACUUUAGAGUACCCCAUAAAGUUCUACACCUAUAUGGCGUCUUUGGCGAAGGUCGUGUGACUACCGAUGCUACUGAACGCGAUGCAAUCAAAGAGAUUCUGGUUUUCCGAAAUACCGACGUACAAAAGACUGCCUUCAAAUAUGUGGAAACUCUAGGAGGCGUCGACCAGUAUGUUAGCAUUCACAUACGGACUGGUGAUGGUGUGUUCCGUAGGACACUUGCAUCCCGAAUUCCGAUGGCGAUAGAACGUCUUCACCGGAUAAUCGGAGACCAACGGGAACCUGUAACAAAUGACCUGCAAGUAGAUACGAAUGACCGACUUCAGUGGUGCAAAGAACAUGCUUACCUUGGCAGAAAAUACUCUAUCAUCUUUGUGGCAACUGACGCUCGAGAUCCGAGACAAGACUUGGCUGCGGUGUUCAACGAAUUCCCAUGUGCAGUAACUCUGAGUGAUUUCUCCAAAUCAUGGCUUGAACAACUGAAACAAGCCAGCUCCAUAGAUGAAUAUAAAAGCAUUGAUCGAUGGCUUUUGACCUUUGUCGAUGCCGAAAUUGCUCAGCAAGCUCGUCGAUAUAUACCCAGUCCAGGUAGCACCUUCAGUGGCUACAUUGGUGCCAUUCAUCGACAAAGACAAGGAACUUCAUACAUGUGAAACCCCCCCCCCCACUCUCUUUCAUUGUAAAUCAAAUUAAUUUCUUUUUUAAUACCUUCAUUCGUUUGACUUUUGUACUGUACAUACCCAUAUUGUAUACAAACUUAUUCAAUACAAGCGCUU